GUUCCCCGACCAGGGAUCGAACCUGGGCCCCCUGCAGUGGAAGCACAGUCUUAAGCACUGGACCACCAGGGAAGCCCCUACACAUAACUUUUUAAUGCAGGGGAAAAAAAUGUUCUAGAGAUUCUCUAACCAUCCUAACUUCAGAACAAAGCUUUUAAUGGCUUUUGUUUGUUUGCUUUUUUGGUUUUUGACUCCCAGAGGAGAAAAGGUGGGGGGAACUUAGAAGAUGAUUCAAAGAGGGGAAGAGAGGAGGGGAGAAAAGUCUUAGUUCAAAAAGUUCUGUCCUGUUAGAAGACUACAGUUCUUAAGUAGAUAGACUUGUCAAAACUGCACUAUUAUGGAUAAAGAAAAUGUGAUAGAUACACAGAGACAUGCAGAAAGGAAUGCCAUUUGGCCAUGAAAAGAAGGGAAUCCUGCCAUCUGUGACUAGGACAGAACUUGAGAGCACUAUAUUAAAUGAAAUAAGUCAGACAGACGAAGACAAACUUUGUACGAUCUCAGUGGUCUGUGAAAUCUAUAAAUAAACAGCAGCCACAGAAGAGAUCAGACUUGGGGCUACCAGAGGUGGGGGUGGGGGGGGGUUGCAUUAGAGGAAGGUGAUCAAAAAGUACAAAUUUGCAGGCAUCAGAUCAGUGAGUCCUGGUAAUGUGAUGGACAGCAAGGUGACCAUAGUAAAUGCUACUGUGGAGUAUAUUUGAAGGCUGCUGAGAAAGUAAACCUUAAAAAUUCUCAUCACAAGGAAAUUCUUUUCCUUUUUUUUUCUUUUUUGGUAUCUGUAUGAGGUGACAAAUGUUAAUUUAUGGUGGUAAUUAUUUUGCAGUUUAUGUAAGUAAUUAUUCUGUUCACCUUAAGCUGGGGAGGGAGAGAAGAAAGAACUGAAAUACAUUCUUAGGAACAAAAAAGGCCAGAGAAAGAGAAGAGAAGGGAACUUCAGAGGUCUGGGUAGUCCUGGGCCCGGGGGAGAAUUGGAGCUUUGGGACCAACCUGUGAUGCUUAGAGACCCCGCAGGCAGCCCGGGACAGGGGGCAGGAUGGGAGCUCUCCGGUUGGGGAAGGGGUUCUUCAAUACCCACCUUCAUCCACUGACUCAAACUGACAGUUAACUUCCAGACUCCCGGGCUUGAGACAAAAGCCUGGAAAGCUGGCUUGCAGACUCGACCCUGGCCUCACCCAGAAGCAGGUACCUGCCUCGAGGAUGGGGUGCUGGGCAGCCCCCGUUCAAGGUGAACAAGGGUCGUCAAACAGGGUCCCCCAGGAGGGAUGCCCAGGUCCGGCCACCUCGGAAGAGCCCUCUGGGCCCCCAUCCUGCAGCAUUAAAGGGUUUUCUCCUUGAUCUCAGGGAAAUCUCUAGUCUCUGAUAAACCCUCAAAGCACCUUUUCUAUGAGACAAAAAUCUCCAUGUACAUAACACUCUCAACCCGGUCAAGAUGUCACAUGAUUAGGAAUUUCCAGCCACUUAAGGUUUCCACCCUUCUGACCAGCAGGGGACAGGAGAGAGACGCGUACUAACCAGCUUCCCUCAGUCCCUCUGACUUGACUCAGAACCUCGUAAUCUGUCAACCACAAUCCCAGGAAGGAGCAGACUCAGAAGGCAGUGAGAGCUGACAGAGGAGUCCCAGUCACUGGCCGGUCACACCCGGGCGGAGACGCCAGCUGAGCCUGAGGUCUGGGGAAGGCCUGAUUAACACCUGGCCCUGCCUCUCCUCUUGGCAAUGCGUCCUUCGGGCAGGGUCGCCGCUCCAAGAGGGAACACAGAACAGACGCUACUCCCGUCUCAGCUGGAAGCCCUGACGGAAGGGAGGAAGGUGGGGCUGGACACGGCCAGCCCCCUUGGCCUCUGUCUCCCCGAGGGCUAUCAGCAGGGGCAGGUCAGCAGGGCGGAAAGGCUCCGGGAGACUCCGGGAGAGGCGGGAAGGAAGCGGGAGCCGGAGCUUGCCUGGCCCACACCUGCCUGUCUCCGCAGAGCUGAUCUAGGCCCGCGCUCCGGGCGCCGCUGCCUGUGCAGGUACCUCAUGGUCGUCGUGUCCCUGGUCCUCCUGGGCUCCUUCCUCCAAGAGAGGCUUGAAGAGCAUCUUAUGUACAGUUUACUGGUGGAGGAAAAGAAGAAAAUACUGUGGCAACUCAACCAACAGCAAAUCAGCCCCGAAAUCAAGAACCGUCUGCAGGCCUUCAAGGACAUGCAGAAAACCUCCCAGGGGCUCCAGCGCGCCAAGUACAAGCUCCUGGCCGGGGGCCCUCCCCACAAAAAGAAGCUGCUGACGGUGGGCGUCUCCUCGGCGCUGCAUCCCCACGAGAGCCGCCUCCUGGACACCCUGCGCUCCCUGUUCCAGGCGUCCUCGGGCCCCGAGCUGGACCGUGUCGUGGUGCUGGUGUCCCUGUCGGACUCCGACCCUGAGCGGCUCAGCCAGACGGUGGCCAACAUCUCUGACCUCUUCCGAACACACAUCGAGGCCCGGCAGCUGCUGGUGGUCCAGGGCCAGCUCGGCGGGCCCCCUCCCCUGGGCACCCUGAGGCCCGAGGACCGCCCCUCACCCUGCGAGGCCUUGUACUCCGCACAGAAGGCCGACCACGCCCUCCUCAUGAACUUCGCUGCCAACCUCUCUGAAUACUUCCUGAUGCUGGACGACCAGGUGCGCUGCAUGCCCAAGUUCAUUUCCAGCAUCUACCAGACGCUGUCUGCUUGGAAGGAGCUGCCUUGGGUGACCCUGGAGUUCUCCAGCCUGAGCUUCGCGGGGAAGGUGUUCCGCUCCAGCGACCUCCCCCGCCUGGCCUCCUUCCUCCUCGUCUUCCCCAAGGACACCCCCACGCACUCGCUUCUCUCUGAGUUCCCUCUUCUCCUGGCCCAGAACACACCGAUCCGCUUCGGCUCCUCAGUCUUCUACCACGUGGGCAACCUUUCCGGGCAGGAGAGCGCCUGCUUCCCUGCAGACAAGGAGAAGGUCUUUGGCGAGCCUGACAACCCCACGGCCAGCGUGCGCACGGACAUGGUGGUGCUGUCCACCAACACCCCGCAGUACGCCUACACCCUGAACCGGGAGAGCUUCGCCACCCUCAGCCCCGUCCGAGGGAACCACCUGACGGUGAUCCUGGAGGAGCCCCAGAAGGUCGUCCGGAUCGAGGUGCUGACGGGCUCUGACAAGGAAAGCAAGUACCAGCUGCAGCAAGGGCAUGUGGAGCUGGGCUACGGGCCCCUGGAGGACCUCGGGGGCUGUGCUCGCUACACCCUGCUCGGCCCAGUGGUGGAAGGACGUCUGGACCAGAUGGUGUCUUAUGAAGAAGACUCCCUGGAGGCGCUGGGCUGCAUCCGGCUGCUGGUGCUAGAGGCCCAGGAGUCCUGGCUUCUGAUCAGGCAGAUCAGUGUCUGGACCACGGAGUAUGAGGAGGAAGAGGAAGGGUAGACAGCACCGCGGGAAACCGGGAAGGGUGGGGCUUGGGGAUGGAAUCGGCUCGGCUGGCAAGAAAUAAAGCUAGAAAUUGGUCAAGGCCUGUUUGCUCUUGAGCUGGGCAACCAUGUAGUUUGUUCUCCUACCUGGGACACUUUUGAGAGUGACAGUGAAAGGAAGCAACAGUAAAACUACACAGGACAGCAGACAUAAACCAGGACUGCCCCAGGCAAGCUGAGAGGUUCUGUCACCCCAACUCUUGAUUUUUGUGGGCUGCUUCAGAGAGGAGGUACAGUCCAAUGAGGGGCACCAAUGAGACAACAUCCUCUGGCUUCCGGGGGCCAGAGAGAGGGAGGGAGGCACCAGGAACUGCCUUGGUUCUCAUCCACACACAAUUAUAACAGCCCAAGACCUUUCCAGAAAGCACCUGUCACUCCACCACGGUCAUGACAGCAGCAUGAUCAUGCUGGUGGUGGCUCACAUCCACACACCUGUCUUGGUCAGUUCAGGCUGUUAUAUUCCAGGGGUUAUAAACAACAGAACUUUACUUCUCGUGUGCUGGAGGCUGGGAGUCCAAGGUCAAUGUGCUGACAGGUUCAGUGCCUGGGGAGGGCCCGCCUCCUGGUUCACAGACGCUGUCUUUCUGCUGCAUCCUCACACGUGCACCAAGGGGGCAGGGGGCUCUCUGACUUCUUUUAGGAGGGCACUAAUCCUAUUCACAAGGACCCCUCCCUCAAGCCCUAUUCACCUCCCAAAGGCUCCACCUCCUACUGCCAUCCCCUUGAGGGUUAGGAUCUGAAGGGAUGCGUUCUGGGGUCCGGGGGUACACAUGUCCACCACAGGAAGACCCAAGCCUCUAGUGUCAAGGUUAAGACCUUGCUGGAGGAAAGUCUGCUUAGCUGGGACUCAGGAAUGGACGCUUCAAGUAUUCAUGAAUCUGCUAGAACUGUGUUUACAUUUGUGCAUUUUUCUAAGGAGAGGGCAGUUUACUUUCACCAGAGCAUUGAAAUGUCGCCUAUCUGCCUCAUAAAGUUAUGAAUAGCUGAACCAACAGCUAUAACCUUCUAGAGGAAAGACACAAUAUGUAACUUAGAAAUCUUUCUAUUCCCAUCGGAAAAAUAAGGAGUCAGAAUUACACAUUCCUGCCUGUAUCUAUUCAGGAAAUAUCUGGGUACAGACUCAGGGUUAGUAGUAAUAAUAUGAACCAAACUUGAGUGACACCAACAAAGAACUUAAUGCAAAAAUCAAUAAUUAAAAUUGAAUGCAACAUAGGAGCCAGUUCUCUUUCA